UUCUGUCAGACCCUGUAGAUUGACAGAACUGCCCUUAAAUUGCAGUGCUUUUCAAAUGGUCUCUCAAAAUGGCUUCUAAUUUUGAAUUUUGGAGUCUUAGUUUGUUAACACAGGUUAAAAGAUUCCCAAUUCUCAGAGGGUGUACUGGAAUAUACUACAAUGUAUGUGUUUCUUAGAAGCAUACUUUUAUACAAUUAUAUGAGUAAGAACCCCAAACUUUGAAUAUACUCAUGGAACACUAGUCCAAACAAGACAACAUCUUCUGGGACUUAUAGAUCUUACUAUUUUUUAGGGGGAAAAAAAUUCUACCACUUGGAUAUUGUAAAUGUUAUUAAUGCCAGGAUUUAUCCCAUAAAGUGUGAAAAUAAUCCUACCUUGGGGCAAUAGACAGGCUUUUUGAGGCACUUUCUUCUGCAAUUUCAGUGGAGAGUGCCAUCUUUCUAAUCUUGUUUUCCUCUGUGAGCCCUGUAAGAUCUGCCCUCUUCACUUCACACCGAAUCUAUUAGGCCUGUCCCUAAUUCCACACCCAUGUUUAUGUUGAUCCUCUUGCCUAAGCCACCCAUUGAUGAAUCUCUGCAUUGUUCUUUAGAACCAACCUUCUUUGCAAGGACUUUACUCCUGCUCCUGCCCUGACUGCUUUCACUUCCCUCUGACUCCUAGAUGUUUAAUAUCCACCCAUGUCUUUGAUACUCAACCAUGUGCUCUUUUGUGCCCAUAUCUUACCUUCCUUAGUGGGUUAUAAGCGCCUAGAUGGCAAGGGUGAUGUCUUACAGUUCUUCUGAUUUCCCUUGGUAUCUACUGCAAUGUAAUUUAAAUUGAAAAUUAUCAAAAAACCUUUAGAAUAAAGAUCCCGCUUUUAGAAUGCUGAAUUUCUGUAAAUAUUAGGAUAAGUGGGUUUAGCAGAAAUUUCAGUUAAUUUAGACUUUUUAUUUAAAAGAAUGCCAGGGGAGAUAUUUUUAUCAUAUUGCAUCAUGAAGUAUAAAGAAGGAGGAUUAAUAAGAAGAAAUUUUCAGAAACAAAAAGGUAUGGCGUAUCUAUAUUUCCUAUGUUUUGUUGUCAAAGAUUAAACUCCUAAGCUUAACCUUUGGCCCAAAUAGGAUCAAAUGGGGUAUGAAUAGUUAAAAUAAUCAACGUGAAAUUACAGCAUACUCACAAUAUGUUUAUUCUGUCGCACUUAAAAGACAUGAAUACCAGCUAACUUAACAAAAUAAUUUACUAGGUUAGCUCAUACAAUGAGGUGGAAGGGGGAGAAGUUAGGCUUGGGUAUCCCUAGGGAGCCAAGAUAGUAGGAACUGACAGAGGGUUUCUUUAAUGCAGUAACCACUGAGGUCAGUCAACUCCAAAUAGCUAUCUUUUAUUAGAGCAUUUCAUUCACAAUUUAGGAUCCUGGGAGAGGGGUCCUACUGGCCUUGCUUGGAUCAGGUUCUGCUCCAUGGGUCAAGAGCAAGGAACCUUGAUUAACUGUCCCACCAACCAUCUACCCAUAAGGAAGACCAAGUACCUCAAAGAAAGUUGGGUGCCAUUACAAAAGGAGGAGGAAAUGAAGGCUACUCUAUUUGUGAAAUCCCCUUACAGAAGAACAUAGACUGUGAGAGAAACAGCAGGUGAGACAUCUGAGGAAUAGCAGAAACUGUAGGAGAAAGGUAUCGCCCUGACAGAAAACAAGAAAUCACUAAAUGGUAUUUUUCACCAUGUUCUAUUGAGACUACGUGUCUCUCAAACUGUGAGACAAUGAAAGGUCAGAAGCUGUUAGCCAACUCUUUGUAAAAACUCGUCUUUCUAGUCUGAGUUGAUACAUAUGGGAGCUUUGUAUUUCAAAGGUUUGCUUUCCCAAAUAUUGACUGUGAGAAGAAUUUCUCUGGCUCCUGUCCUAUGUGUUGAAAUGUCACCCAAGGUAGGGCAAGGCUAGGCGAAGGCAUUUGGUGUAUAAAGGCAUUUCUGUCUACUUCAGUCUGAAAACUGGCAAAGGAGAUACUCCUCACUCUUUCACUCUCCUCUCCCUGCCCUCCAGGAAAUACUGGCUUUAUUUAUGAUUCUGGUGCUUUGCCUGUACCAAUGUAUACUUUUCCGGGAGUGCUAUAAUUUGAACAUGUAAAUGAAGGACAAUCUCUUAUGCAUUUGUUUUUACACAACCUUUUAUUCUCAUUAGGUGUUUAGCUAUUGCUAUUACAUAUUAUCUAGUUUAGGGAAUUAGAAGACUAUCUUUUCUUUUAAAGGGGUUCUAAACAGGAAGUAGUACUAAAUUGUCAUUAAAGGACCGGAAUUAUAUUAUUUACUUUUUGCAAUAGCUUAGAUACUAGAGAGAGUAAACGGCUGAUGAAGGGGCAUAUCUGAUUGCCUCAAAGGAUUUCGAUAUUUAGAAGUUUGGAGGAGUCUGUCUGCUCACACAAUCAUGUGGUCUGAGAGACUGGCUUUUUUUUUUUUUUUUUUUGCCAAUCCACAUUUUAUUUGUAUCUGCCUUUAAUGUGUACAUAAAUUCUCAGAACCGCUUCCCCCAUGUGGCGGAUGGAUGGUAGUUUCUGGAGGGAAGAAGCAUCAGACCGAGGACAUGAAAUUUAACAGAAGGUCCUGCUACCCUGAGCAAGGGGCGUCCCUGUGGGCCGGGACUUGCGCUGUCUUCCCUCCCCUUCCGGCCGUCUGUGAAUCACAUGGGCCCUCCUAUUGGAUACUAGCUCAGCGUCCUCCUCCCCUUGGACUGGCCAUGGGCAGGAAACCCAACCUCCUGUCUUCAACGUUUUAGCUUCUUGUCCUGCUUUUCUCAUCCCUAAAAUUCUACUCCUGGGGUGGGAGAACACCAAAACCCAUAACAUGUCUCUCCCAAGCCUACUCCUAACUCAGGGUGGUCAACACAGACUCCUGAGAUGGAAACUUCAGCCACUGGGGCCCUCAUGGCUGGCUGGAUCUGAGGGCAGAGCUGGCAGUGCCGCUGUGGCAGGAUGUGGGGAGGCGCAGAAAGCCCCAGGAAGCCAAGGGCAUGAGCUUAUUCACUGUAGAAGUCAACGUGGGCUCCAGGCUUGAACUUGGCCUUCUGCAGCAUGCUCAGCAGUUUCUGGGCUGAUACCCUGCAGUCCACAAGCUUCCCCUUUGUCUUCAUCUCCUGCAGCUUUUCUCACAGGUCUGGGUGCAUGGAGGUCUCCUGGGCUAACUGCUGCAUGUCUGUGUCCAGGGGACCUGGGGCUCAGCCCCCUCACACUCGGGUCCUCUGUGGCCAGGACCUGAAACAUCACAUCAUGUUACCUGCAGCCUUCCCUGCAAAUACAGUGCCCAGCCCUUGAAGGGUUGCAGGGCACAGAUGGAUGAGAUGUUAACCUGCUGAGGCCAGGACUGUCCGGAAAGGCCUUCAGAUUGCUGGAAGUCGGGCAGAGUGUGAAGGUCAAGUUCAAAGCCCAAUAGUUGUUCACUUCAGCUGAGUCAGCCAGGCCCACCAAGCCUUUGGACACAUCCCCAAGAGUGCCCGCGUUGUUGACGAGCAGCAUUCACUGCAUGCCCUCGGCCCUGGGGAGCUCGCACAGCGGCGGCGAGCAGCUGCUGCAAGCCCACCUUGGCGCUCAGGUCGGCGGGCACCCUCACCAGGCGCAGGCCGGGCCUCCGGGAGCCCAGCUCGGCCUCCAGCUGCCGCAGCCCCUCGUCGUUGCGGCCGCUUAGGACCAGCACGGAGCCAGGAGGCAGCAGCAGGGCCAGGAACUGGGCCAGCGUCUGGCGGAAGCCGCAAGAGGCCCCAGUCAGCAUGCACACGGCGCGCCCUCCUUGCCAACACCCCGCUCCGUGCCUCCGACCUUGGCGAACUGGCGAGACUGGCUUUUAGACUCUACAGUUUUGUUCACAAAUUGUAACAUCUUUUCAGUUUUCAGUUAUGAAAUAUUGAAAGUUAAUUUGUACAAAAGCCUGCGGCAGAUGGUGACGUGAUUUUUGCCCAGUGCUUUGAAUGUCAAACUGAAGAAAUUCGCUGAAGCCCAGGACCUACAGAGAAACACCUCCUUGAUCUCACAUGACAAUGGAAUUCAAAAGGUCCCCUGAUGGUGGAUGGGGCUGGGUGAUUGUACUCGUCUCCUUCGUCACUCAGUUUUUGUGUUACGGGUCCCCGUUAGCUGUUGGCGUCUUGUAUAUAGAAUGGCUGGACGCGUUUGGUGAAGGGAAAGGGAAAACAGCCUGGAUCGGAUCCCUUGCAAGUGGAGUUGGUUUGCUGGCAAGUCCUGUCUGCAGCCUGUGUGUCUCAUCGUUUGGAGCAAGACCUGUGACAAUCUUCAGUGGCUUCAUGGUGGCGGGAGGCCUCAUGUUGAGCAGUUUUGCCCCCAAUAUCUACUUUCUAUUUUUUUCCUAUGGCAUUGUAGUAGGUCUCGGAUGUGGUUUAUUAUAUACUGCAACAGUGACCAUCACAUGCCAGUAUUUUGACAGCCGCCGUGGCCUUGCACUUGGCCUAAUUUCAACAGGUUCAAGUGUUGGACUUUUUAUAUAUGCUGCUCUCCAGAGACUGCUGAUUGAGUUCUAUGGACUGGAUGGAUGCCUACUGAUUGUGGGUGCUUUAGCUUUAAAUAUAUUAGCCUGUGGCAGUCUGAUGAGACCCCUCCGGUCCUCUGAUCGCCCCUUGCCUGAAAAAACAGCCCUGGAAAAUGUGCCAGAUAGAUAUUCGGUUUACAAUGAAAAAGAAAAGAACCUGGAAGAAAAUAUAAACAUUCUUGAAAAGAGCUACCGGGGUGAUGAAACAUGCAAGAGCACUUUGGCCAAUGGUGACUGCAAACAGGAGAGUCUCCUUCAUAAAAACCCAACAACAAUGGCUCACACAAAAGAAACUGAAACAUACAAAAAGAAAGUUGCAGAACGGACUUAUUUUUGCAAACAGCUGGCCAAGAGGAAAUGGCAAUUAUAUAAAAACUACUGCGAAGAAACUGUGACUCUUUUUAAAAACAAAGUAUUUUCAGCACUCUUUAUUGCUAUCUUUCUUUUUGACAUUGGAGGGUUUCCACCUUCGUUACUUAUGGAAGAUGUAGCAAGGAGUUCAAAUGUGAAAGAGGAAGACUUUACUAUGCCUCUUAUUUCCAUUAUUGGCAUUAUGACAGCAGUUGGUAAACUCAUUUUAGGGAUACUGGCUGACUUCAAGUGGAUUAAUACCUUGUAUCUUUAUGUAGCUACCUUAAUAAUCAUGAGCCUGGCCUUGUGUGCAAUUCCAUUUACCAAAAGUUAUGUCACACUGGCAAUACUUUCUGGGAUCGUAGGGUUUCUUACUGGUAAUUGGUCCAUCUUUCCAUAUGUGACCACGAAGACUGUAGGAAUUGAAAAAUUAGCCCAUGCUUAUGGGAUAUUAAUGUUCUUUGCUGGACUUGGAAAUAGCCUUGGACCACCGAUUGUUGGUUGGUUUUUUGACUGGACCCAGACCUAUGACAUUGCAUUUUAUUUUAGUGGCUUCUGUGUCCUGCUGGGAGGUUUCAUUCUGCUGCUGGCAGCAUUGCCUUCCUGGGAUACAUGCAACAAGCAAGUCCCCAAGCCAGCUCCAACCACCUUUUUGUACAAAGUUGCCUCUAAUUCCUCUAAUGUUUAGAGGAAUAUUAGAAGGCACUAAAGACUGUUUUCUCAUAGCAAAAUUUCACUGUGGCUGAUAUGAAUGAAUUUUUUUUUUUUUACAUAUCCUAUUCUCUAUGUACUGUAUAUGCAGCCUUUAUCUCCUUUUUUUUUUCUCCUUUUCCCUUUUUCCAAAAAGUGGGCCUAUUCUGUUUUACUAUUAUUCAUUAAUUCUUGACAUUGUGAAACUUUUGGCCAGCCUCAGAGGGCUUUCUCCAUGUAAAGAAAUAUAAUUUCUCUGCAGAUUCCAUUAGUUCCAUUGCAAGGCAGCCAGAAGGGACUCUUCUGCUUUAAAACUGAUGCAAGCAGCAUGAUGAGAUAUGUGUGAAGGCCACUAGGGACUAAAUCACUCUCUUCUCUCUGUUAGACUAGCUAGUAAAUAGACUUUGAGCCAGUCAGGAAAUGAAAGUGGUUACUAAAAGAAUAGCAGUGGAACAAACUGAUCAUUUUUAAAAAUGAUAUUUUAAAUCAUAGUCACCAGUUUUCAUUAUUCUGUUUACUUUUGAUGAAGCACCCAUAUGUUUGGUGCCCACUGAGUAUAACAUCCUUUCAAUUCCUAAGGUGUUUGCUGAGAUGCAGGCAAUCUCCAGGCAGAGGAGUAGUCACUGUAGCCUUUCUUCAUGGUUGGCUGCUAUAACCUCACUCAUUUUUGUCAGCAUCCAUUCAGCUGAUGUUUCCCAAGAAGUGCUGAUGUUACCUGUUUCCAAAUUGGAAAUGUAUAUUUAAACCAUUCCGUUCUGGCAAAUGGGAAACAUCCAUUUGCUUUGGGCACAGUGGGGAUGAAUUGCAUCUUCACGAAGCAUUUGUGUGCUACUAUCAGAUUUUACCACUGUCAAAUUUUAAUUCAAGAACAAAACUAAACAGAGUGUGUGUGUGUGUGUGUGUGUGUGUGUGUGUGCGCGCGCGCGCGCGCGCGGGUGCGCGAUGCGUGAUGCUGAGUCUGUGUGUGAUAUGGGAAGGGAAAAAUGCAAUAAGAAGUUGAUACCCUGAUUCAACUUUAUUUAAGCUUAAGAAAAAUGUUCUAAGAAGAAAAAUCAACAUUUAUUAAAUGGACAUGUUUCUAAAGAAAUGUUUUUUAAACUUUGGUAUGCAUCAGAAUCUUCUAUAGAUCCUUUAAAAAAAUGUGGUUGCCUGAGUACCACUAGUAGAGAUUUUAAUUUUGUAGUCUAGACUGUGGGCUAGGCGUCUCUAUUUUUUAAUGAUCCCUUUAGGUGGUUCUGAGAGUACAAUCUGAGUUGAGAAUGACUAUUUUAAGACUGGCAAUAGAGAACCAUUUCUUGUCUUAAAUAAAAAACAACUACCCCCCCCCCCCCCGCCAAUAAACCAUGGAGGUGAGGGGUUUUUAAUGAAUAGACAAGUUUGGUUCUUUAAAUAGGAGGCACUCUUCCCAUUGUGCCAAAAUUGUCUUUUCAUUUCUUUUGAAAUAUGUUAAGAUUAUUUUAUAUUCCUAUGCUGCCUUUCUUUGAAGGCUCCUGAAGCACUUUAUAAGCAUGAAUCCCCACCACACCUCAGUGAGGUAGGUCAAUAGUGCUUUUCUAUGCAGUAAACCUGGAGUAUGGGGAAUUUCAUAACUGAGUGAAUCCUACUCAGUACCGCAAUAAUGGGACUCCAAAGCGCCUUGACUUCUGCUCCACACUCAGAUGUCUGGAAAGUUUUCUGUACCUCAUUCUUUAGUCACUGUCAAGGUUAGUAAGUAAAAUAUAAGUGACAUUCAAAAAAAAAUUAAACUAAAUGUUUUUGUAUUAAAAGUUCUUUUUUGCCAGUAUCACGUUCAGGAAAUCCAGUAACCUUUUCUUAACUUUUAUGAUGUCCCACUUUCAUCAAUGCUGAUAACUGUCCAAGUGCACCUUCACCAUGUCUAUGAAUGUCAUCCAGUGUGUGCAUUAUCUGUUGUCUAGGGAAUGAGUUUCAGUUCACAAUAAAAGAUUUUUUGUUUGUUUUGCA